AUGAAGUUUGGAAAGAAAGGCAAGUUGAGCCUUAGAUAUGUCAGGUCCUUUCAGAUUCUUGAUCGGAUUGGCCCAGUGGCUUAUAGGGUAGCCUUACCACUAGCACUCGCAGGGGUACACGACGUUUUUCACGUAUCUAUGCUGAGGAAGUAUAUACCCGACCCCACCUACAUUUUCGAUUAUGAUCCUCUUCAACUUCAGAAAAAUCUGACUUAUAUAGAAGAGCCGGUGCAAAUAGUAGAGAGAAAAGACCAACCGCUACGGAAUCAAACUCUUCCAUUGGUUAAACUGGUCUGGAAUAAUCAUGCUAUCAGUGAAGCCCCUUCGGAAUUAGAAGAGGAAAUGCGAAUCAAGUACCCAUAG